UACGCUGUCAAUCACCCCAAGUCCACAACAACCUAGCCCAUAACCGAAGCAUUUAAGAAUAGCUUGAAUUGUUAAAGUCGGAGCAAAGAAUACCAGUUGGGAAGGAAGAUGAGCGUGUGGAAGCAUUUAGCGCUGUUGGGGAGAGCCAAUUCGAAGGAAUCAAUAGAAUAUAUACUUGAAGCUCUGUGGAGAACUCGUAAGACUGGCCUUGACGCCGCUGACCGCCAAAUAUUCGGCGAAAUGCUUCAACUUUCUAAUGAUUCUGACCUCGACCCUCUUCUGGUGUGCCUUCGUAUUUUGAUUCGCAAAUGUGUUUAUGAGAAUGCCAAGAAGGAUGAAAUGCAAAAGUUGUUUCCUGCUGAGGUUCAACCCGAAUUACAAAGGUUAUUAACACUUCUACUGCAAAAAUUUCAAAAGGAGUGGCGGGAAGAUAUAGCUAAAGAAGAUACAGCUAAUGACCGGGUCAUCCUGCCUCAACUGAGAGCAAUGAUGUGGACCAGGGGAAAUGAGCGCAGUGAAAUUGGAGACCCUGCAGCAAUUACAAAUUUAAAGGUGCAAAUAUCAGAUAGAUCGUAGAUGUGUACCCCAACAAACAAAUGUGGUAUAAUUCUCUACUGUCCCUGACUAGAAGGGGAGAUAUCGACCUUUAUAAGUACAGUUGUUCAUAUCGGCAUGGCUCAGUUAAGUUGUUUGUCAGACCGUCAAGCAGUGCAAAUCUGAGUUUACUUGAUUAAUCCCAUGUACAUGGAGGAGACUCUGAUCUGCAAACUUUUUUGGGGAUAGAGGAAAAUGUUGAGUGGACCAAGUCUAUAUGGUUUGUCCGACUCUAUAAGUUCAUUCUAUUCUAUCGACUAUCUAGUUUUUCAAUGUGGAUUUAUUUCCAUUUCAUGUCCCGCAUGUUGGUAUUGUUCUAAUACCAAAUAUUAGAAGAAAGCAAAGUAGAAAAGAUAAAGAACUGCUAGAUUUCAAAAUCUUGCACCUGUCUACUACGGAUUUCAGGUUGAGCUAUACGUUGCCCAUUUCUUUGAAUCUGUUUAGGUUUCUUAUUUCUUUGGUCAAUAGAUGAUUGUUCAGAUUUGCAGCGUUA